UUGAUUUAAAACGUCAAAAAUGGACUGAGUGACUGAGGUUUUGUGUUUAACAAAAUUCACGUAAAAAAUAUAAGAACGUAAAUUAAAUGGUAUACAGUGGUGCUUUUAGAAUUGUGUUAAAAAUAUACUUGUGCUAAUUGACUGUGGUUUAAAGCUUGAAGAUAUCGUGAUAAAAAUCGUUCAUCUCUGAUGCUACGACUGUGAAUUUCGCACUCAGCGAGACAUGGCGUCGGUGUGGAAGCGGUUGCAGCGCGUCAACAAACGCGCCGCCAAGUUCCAAUACACCGCAUCUUAUCACCGCAUUGACGUCGAGACCACGCCCAAAUGGAAACCCAACAAGUUGAGUAUAGUAUGGACGCGACGAUCGCGGCGUGUGGUCACGGAGCCCGUUGAAUGGGAGCCAUCGCUUAAGGACCCUCUCAACCUGCACCUCACGCUGCACAGCGUGCUGCUGCGGGAGGGACACGCCACGGAUGAAGAUAUGCAGUCGCUGGCUUCAUUAUUGUCAGUCAACAAUAAUUCUGACAUCGCCGUGCUGGAGGACCUUGACGAAGAUGAUUACACGCUCUCUGAUAAUUCUACCAGACAGAUGCUCGACUUACGUCAACAAAUGGAGGAAAUGACGCAAAGUUUGACAAACAGUGAUAUCGCGGCCACGCCCAAUAGUGUACAGAGUUUAAACUUUGACAACUCUGCCACGCCCACCGCGCCCAUCACGCCCACAACGGACACGCCCACCAACCCCGCCACGCCCACAUCACCAACCACGCCCACAAAUAACAAAGAAAUAGACUUCACACCCAAAGACAUUAAUAUCAAAAGACCAGAAUAUAAUAACUUUACGAAAUUGUCAAUUAAAACAGAAUCUCCCAAAUUUACAUCAACCCCAAAAGCGGAAGAACCAAUAGUAGAUAACUUUAAGGCGUUACAAUUCAAACCGAAGACGAUAGCCAAAAAGAACCUUAAGCCUUUGGAAUUGAAGACGAAUUUGAACAACAUUAGCCUCGACACCAACGAGAAUGAGAAGGGAGAUGACAGUGAGAAGACACCCGUCGUCGAUAUGGAGAAACUGUUCCCAUUGAAAGGAUUGGAUAAAGAUAAAACUCCGGUGCAGGACCUGCUGGAGUGGUGCCAGGGAGUGACGCGGGAGUACCGCGUCUGCCGCAUCACCAACCUCACCACCAGCUUCCGCUCCGGCCUCGCCUUCUGCGCCAUCAUACACCGCUUCCGGCCUGACCUCAUAGACUUCAGCGGGCUGCAGCCGGAGGAGGCGGAGCGCAACCUGCGCGUGGCGCUGGAGGCCAGCGCGCGCCUCGGCAUCUCGCAGGUCCUCACCGCGGCAGACGUCUGCGCGCCGCCCGCGCCCGACAAGCUCGCCAUAAUGACGUAUUUGUUCCAACUGCGCGCGCACUUCACCGGCAGCGAGCUGCAAGUUGAACAACUAGGUAACGACGAGACGGAGUCGUCGUACCUGGUGGGGCGACACGACACGGACGGCAGCGUGCCCACAGACCUCUUCAGCAGGGAGGUCAGCGAGCGCCGCUCCCGCAUGCGGGCCCGCCCGCGCCCGCGUUCUCAAGACUCGGACAGCAAGUCACAAGAGCGGGCCAGUCCUGAGAAGAUCUCUCCAGCGCCCAUGAAGGAGGUCCGCGACCUGCUGGUGCAGCAGUCCAAGACCAUCCUCGGCAAGAUGCUGUCCCCAGCUCGGGACCUGAAGCCCAGGGAGUCCAACACCAAGUGGUUCACUGACCCUCCCCCACCAGAGCCGAUCCCCGCGCGUCCAGAGAAGUUAAUGACCCGCAAGGAAUUAACAGAUCCUUUCGGUUCUGAUGAGGAAGAGGAACCUGCUCCACCAGCUCAAGAUACAGUCACUGACACUGUGAAAGUAGAAUCCAAACCAAUAGUAGAGGCAGCGGUGACUGAUCCCUUAACCAGUCUGCACGAGGCUACUCCUCCGCAGACAACACCUCAGGAGGAGCAGACGCCGGUACCAGAUCUGCCUAAACCCACACCCGUGAGUAUAACCUUGGAUAUUUUGUAUGUAUGGAGAUUUUUGUGUCGUUUUGAGCGUGUGGUCGAAGGCAUAGGCGAGAGCGAGUCGCGACGUUCUCCGCUGCAAUCCUUCACAGCACUAGUGGACCGGCUGGCGCCUGACGAGGGCAACGAGUCGGGGUCGUACAUAGCGAGCGAGCUGGAGGCGCUGGAGCGCGAGCAGGGCGCCGUGGACGAGCGCGCCGCCGCGCUGGAGAAGCAGCUGCGCCGCGUCAUGGAGUCCGCAGACAACACGGAGGAGGAGGACAGACUGAUGUCGCAGUGGUUCCACCUCGUGAACAAGAAGAACGCGUUACUGCGCCGCCAGAUGCAGCUCAACAUACUUGAGCAAGAGGAGGACCUGAGCCGCCGCUGCGAGCUGCUGGCGCGCGAGCUGCGUCUCUCGCUGGCUGUCGACGAGUGGCGCAAGACUCCCGGACAGAAGCGCCGCGAGCGCCUGCUGCUGCAGGAGUUACUGUCAGCUGUGAACGAAAGAGAUAGACUAGUGCAAGAGAUGGACGAACAAGAAAAAGCGAUAGCGGAGGACGACGAAAUUGAAAGAAACCUCUCUAAUGUCGAGAUACAAAGGAAAAACAACUGUAUACUGCAGUGAAUACGGUCGAGAAAGUAAGCACAUUUAACGCCAUCUCUCGGCUUUCUGAUAUUAAAAUAGGAUUUAAACGAAACACAUCAGGAAUUCGUUGAUGUUAAGGUUUUCAUUUUACGAUAAUAGAUGGCGUUGUAAUUUAUAGUUUGUCGAAACUAGAUGGCGCUAAAAUUAAUGUGAUGUGAUUUUUUCCAUUUACUUGGUUUUUGGGAAAAUGUUUCGGCCUUUGUGAGACAGAUAAUACUCAGUUUCCUACGAUAUAGUUAAAUAUAUUAUUUUUCGAUUAGCAUAUAUGAUAAUUUAAGGUGACGGCUGUGCUUGACAUUUUUGGUGUGGAAAAACGCUACUAAAAACUGCAUUUGGCUAUUUGGACAAUGCGAGUUCCUACAUUUCUGCAGUAUUUAAACCGAUGUUAGGUUGUAAGUUGUGAGUACAAGUCGGUUUAUAAUUUAGCGGCCGGCGGAUUGUCAGGUUUACCAAAGAGUUUCAAAUGAAUCUGUAAAUGAAACCGGUCGGUGGAUGUUAAGUACAAUUUGCCAUAGAUAAUGUUCAUUAUCUUCGCGUUUACUUCAAUAUUGCGGUUUUUUUAUAAAUGUAAAUAUUUAAUGUAAUUUUUACUUUAAAUUUGAUAUUUAUAUUUUAUUUUAUUAGUCAUCUUGCCGACGUAUGAUUAAUGCUAUAUUUUAUGUAUAUAAUAACUGGCAUAAUUCAAACUAAUAAAGUUAACAGUUUUCUUUAUAAGUUAAACAUUUUCCAUUUAAAAUGCCAACAAUUUUCGAAGUAAUUCUCUCUAAAUAAUUUUCUGAUGAAACAGAUUUUGUUUGUAACCACUUUAGAGCGCCCUCUAUCGAUAUUUCCCCACACUAUUUGAACCGAGUUUCUUUUCUAUUUGCAAUCAGUUAUAUCGAGGUGCUUAAAAACUGUGCAAUACUAAACAAUGUCGAUUUAAAACAAAUGUACAUAUAGUUAAUUUACAUAUAAAUGCUUUACAUACUUCACUGUAACUUAAAAAUGGCGGGAAAACAAAAGCUUUUCAUUAACUUAAAAACUACUUGGUUAUUUAUUGGAACGUAUGUACUUUAUGUACAGUUAUUUACGUUUUUAAAGUGAUUUUGAAAUAUUUUUCAGAACAAACUUAUGAAUUGUGACUGAAAUAGAAGUUUUUUAAUGCGUGAACGAUUUAACAUAAAGUUAUGUUAAAUAUACUUAUGUAUUAUAUAUCUGAGUAUACGUGUAAGAUAUAUCUCAUUUUUGCAUAAUAUUUCUGUUAUUAAAAAAAUCAUUGGUUUACUAAAAAGCAGUAAAAAUCGAUAAUUUGGUAAUUUUUUUUCUAAAGUUAAAAUAAUUAGUAAACAUUAAAAUAAUAGUUACAACUUAUUUUAUUAUUUUUCUAUGAAUUUUAGUGACGAAAAUUAACUUAGUUAUUUUAUACCUAUGAACUAUGUAUAUGUAAAUUUAAGUUAUCAAGCAUUAUUUUAAAAACAAUAA